AGCAGCUUGUUGUGACCGCCCCCUGACGUGCGCUGCUCUGGCUCAUAAGAGGGCUGAGCGACCACGAGCUGGAAGCCCAUGGCAGCGAAUUCAUCAGUGCCCACAGAGGACCUGGCACCAGAGCCCACAGCCAUGGGCAGGAACCUGAAGGUGAAGACACUGAGUGGAGAGGUGUUCCUGGUGAGCCUGCAGGACUCCAUGCUGGCAUCCGAGCUGAAGCAACAAAUCGCCCAGAAAACUGGAGUACCUGCCUUCCAGCAGCGCCUGGCCACCCACCCAGCUGGUGUGGAGCUUCAGGAUGGCAUCCCCCUAGUCAGCCAGGGCCUGCGCCCUGGUUGCACCGUCGUGCUGGUGGUGCAGAACUGCAACGCCCCCCUGAGCAUCCUGGUAAGGAACAACACGGGUCGCAGCAUCGCCUAUGAUAUCCGGCUGACGCAGACCGUGGCGGAGCUGAAGCAGCAGGUGUGCCGGCUGGAGAGCACGCGGGCGGACCAGUUCUGGCUGAGUUUCGAGGGGAAGUCCUUGGAGGACCAGCACCAGUUGGGGGAGUACGGCCUCAAGCCCCAGGGCACCGUGUUCAUGAAUCUGCGCUUGCGUGGGGGUGGGGGGGAAGGGUAGGGCCAGGAGGGGUGCUCUGAGGGCCCCCCACCCGAGUUACCAACCAAGUGCGGAUAAUAAAAACAGAUGCAAAGCUAAA